AUGUUCUCGCUAUCCAACAAUUACAUCUCAGAUCGAUCGGUAACUAAUACUGACCACGAAAGGUAUCACCCAAGUGCGACAAGCUUUGCCGCUGCUGCUGGGGAUAGUACUGGUUCAAUUUCAACCAGUCCCAGUUCUGCCACGUCUUCAUUGGCCUACACUGCAAACUACCCAAACCAUUACACAACGUAUGCGGCGCCUGUCGCACCUGUCCAACACUUUGUCAAUCAACCUGGGCUGAGCGGACGCAUCCUGGAUGACCCAUCCCAAGGUCUUGCGUCCUGGCGAUCUCCCAUAGGUCAUUCGUUGUCACCCUCUACAACCAGUAUCGCCACACGCGACUACAACAUCCACUCAGGUAACCUUCCUACGCCCAGCCAUCUGUCUUCUCCUCCAACAUCCACCUAUACUGGUUACUCGGAGACCCCUCGUUCAUUGUUGACUGGUAUUACAACUCCCCUCUCUCCUUCUUCAAAUCCACUCUUGUCCGCGCAAAUGGCUUCAUUGAGUACUACUGGAUAUGGAACGCAUCGCAGCGAAUGUCAAAACUUUCCCUGGGUACAACACGAAGCGUUCCACAAUCUCGAAUGUGAAGGCCAGGAAGUUGUCCCUAGGAUUCACGCCAAGAUGGAGAAAGGCUUCUUCUUGUCGCCUGAUAGAUCUUGGACAUGCUACCGUCGCAACUACUUUUCAGUCACCUGCUCGUUCGAAUUGACACCACACAUCGGUAAUGGAAGACUAUGCCUCAAUGGUCAAAGAGUCCAGGCCAUGGGCAUGAAACUUACUGCAGCCGUGGACGGACAAACUGGCAAAGGCGUCGAACUCAUCCAACACACACCAAAGAGAGACAGGGGACCCAAGAACGCUAUUCCUAUCAUCAAGAUAUCUCCCACUCCACCCAAUGGCCGCCCUGCCGAGUCGACUCUCAGCCCGCAUGGCGUCUACCAUGUGCCAAUGUCUUCUUUCCACGCCACAGGUGUUCCUACUGGUCCUCAUCUUCCUUUCCAGAACACUCGAGAUGAAUCUCCGGCAUCAAGUCGAUCAACAUCUCCGGCAGGCCGAAGACAUGAAUAUUCCUCCUUUGGCCAUCUGGCUAGCAACCAAUUGCCAAUGCCAGGCCAAAACAUACAACACACUUUCGAACGCGUGCAAUUCAAGUCAGCAACUGCUAACAACGGCAAGCGAAGAGCAUCUCAGCAGUACUUCCACCUCAUGGUUGAGCUUUGGGUCGACGUCCGCGAAGAUGAGACCAGAAAGCCGAAAUGGGUCAAGAUUGCUUGCGCGAUUAGCGACAAGGUUGUGGUACGCGGCCGAAGUCCCAGUCAUUACAAAGCAGAAAACCAGGGUGGUGGUUCAUCAUCUACCGGUCGAGGUGGAAGCACUGGAGGCUAUGGAAACUCUGGCGGAAGCUAUGGUGGCUUGAGUCGUGGCAGUUUCAGUGGAGCCGGUUACGCCACCGGUCCCGGAAACACUGGAGGAUUCCGUGCCAGCCAACAGUAUCAGUCAGCAGCGUCGCCAGAACAAGGAUACUCUUCCAGUGCCGGAUCAAGCGUGGCCGAGCCCGUUGACACCAAGCAUACGCUCGAAGCGGAGCCCACACACGACGAGGACAUCGCCAUGCAGGACUUUGCCGGUUAUCAAUACAUCCCCGCCCCCUUGUACGAUGGCACAUCAGUGCAAGGCAAAGCUGAGAGUCCGACUUCGAUGUCUGGAGCCGUACAGGUCAGCGACAAGAAGUACUCGAUCCGAGAAGAAUACCCUGAAGCGAUGCCCGGAACACAAUGGAGCAUUGGAGGUUGCAAUCGCUUCCAGGGAGUCGAAAGCAGCAGAGGGUACUACCCAGCAUUUAGCACCACUGGGUUUUGA